AUGGAUCCACUAGUUACCACUUUAACGCUUUUUCAAAUUGAGCAAGCAAUUAUUAAUGUAGAGAACGCAAAGCUCCAGCAGGAGCAAACCCUGGCUGCCUUCUGGGAGCACAUGCCUCCUGUCGAGGAGGAGGUCCUGGUAAAGCGGAUACAAGAGCUCCGGGACCAUAUUCGCGCUCUGGAAGAACAAAGGAGGGUUCUCAUCCGAGAGCGUGAAUUGCUGCUUAUCAGGGCGGCCUCCAUCAUCUGCAGGAGACCUGGGGGAAACUACUAA